AGGAACCAAACAAACAAUAGCCAUGGCAACAGCAACAAACUCCGUUUUUGUGCUGCUUGUGGCGCUAUUACAUUUGUCAUUAGCAGACAAGUUAAAGUACAAGGGCUCUACCAAACCCGUCAGGUUAUUCACCGAGGAGGAGCUUCGGCGGUACGAUGGCAACCGCGAGGGCGAGCCCAUCUACAUGGCAAUAAAAGGGGUGGUGUUCGAUGUCACUAAAGGAAAAGAGUUUUACGGCAAAAACGCUCCAUACAAUGCUCUGGUGGGUAAGGACUCCACUCGAGCCGUGGCCAAAAUGUCACUCGAGGCACAAGACCUGACAUCGGAUAUUUCGGGCCUGUCGACAGAGCAGCUUCAAUCCUUGGAGAACAUCUUCGAGGGCACGUACAAAGCCAAGUACCCCAUCGUGGGCUACACCGCCGCACGGAUCCUCAACCAAGACGGGAGUCCCAACGAGGACUUCAAGCCUGAGGACCAGCCGCACUUUCACAUCAAAGAUGAAUUUUGACCUCAUCUUUCUACUUGACUUUGCCAUUAUUAGGUUGAUGCUCUUAUGAUUGAAUAAAAAAGUCUUGAAAUUGUCA